AUGGGUUCGAGUGCGAAGAAGAAGAAAGAGAAGAAGAAAGACUUCCAGAAGCAGAAAUUGAAGGUCGGCAAGGCCAGGCCCAAGGCUGACAACCACACAGACACCAGCUUCCGCUCCAAAGCCAUCGUCCUGAACCAGCAGCUGGACGUCAACGCCCCUUCGCAAUCAGCGACAUUCCUUCACCACGUCUCGCUACUGACUUCCCGCUCCGACUCGCAACGGCGGGAUUCAUUAGCCUACCUGACCUCAUACGUCGGGUCAAACUCGACGUCCAAAGGAAACGCUCUUCCCAUCACCACGAAUGCCCUGCUGGGCAUUCUGUGUCCGCUCAUCCUCGACGGAUCCGCCGGCGUUCGGACCCAACUGUUGAAACUGUUCCAGGCUCUUCCCCAAGACGAUAUCCGCGACCAUGUCAUCAAGGUCCUCCCGUACAUGCGUGCAGGGAUGACGCAUUUGUCGCGGGAAAUCCGCGCCACGGCGGUAGAAUUUUUGUCCUUCCUCAUCAAAGUGGCGGGACCGGAGCUGGUUGCUUGUCCCGGAGGAUGGUACCAGACUCUCGAGUGCUUCACGACAGUCCUAGGCUGGAGGUCGGCUGAUGCCAGCACCUGGUCGUCCAGCAAAGCGUCGUUUGCUGGAGACGUCAAAUCCACCGCACGGAUCAUGUAUGUGCUGGCCGAAUUCUUGCAGGCAGGUCUGGGAACCGACGACUCGACAGACCCGAGCUUGAACACCUUGGCCGCCGACUUCCCUCUGUGGUUCACCGGCGCACUUGUGACGCCUACCAAGUCCAACGCUUACGCUUACUUGAACGUCUUUGGUGCCCAGGCGGAGGAUUACAAUCAAAUCCUCGAUGAUCGAGAAGAUAGGCUACAGGUCUUUACGAAUCGGUUUCAACCGCUCGUCGUGGCUGGCGUCGACGCUGCAAAGAAGGAGGGCGGUGAACUCGGUCGAGCUUCUGGGGUUCUGACCAAAACCCUGGAUCGUACGCAAAUCUCUGCGAAUGCGUGA